CCUGGUGUCAGCAGCAGCAGCAGCAGGGAGUGUCCCCUGUGCAGACUGGCCAGGUUGGAGCUGAGCAAGGCCAGGGCUGCUAUAAAAGCCGUGUCAGGGCCAGACUGGACCAAGCACUGCCCUGGCCACCUUCUCCUCCUCGGGAACAAGGAGCUGCCUCGCAUCCCACGCCAAGAUGUCCUGCUACGACCUGUGCCCCCCCAGGACCAGCACAGACCUGUGCCCGCCCAGAACCAGCGUGGCUGUGCCCCAGCCCAUCGCUGAGAGCUGCAACGAGCUGUGCGCCCGCCAGUGCCCCGACUCCUCUGCCUUCAUCCAGCCACCACCCGUGGUGGUCACCUUCCCUGGCCCCAUCCUCAGCUCCUUCCCCCAGCAGGCCGUGGUGGGCUCCUCCGGAGCACCGGCCUUUGGCGGCUCCCUGGGGCUGGGCGGCCUCUACGGCGCCGGCGCCACCCAGGCCUCGGGGGGCCUCUGCACCUUUGGCAGGGCCUACGCUGCUCCUGCCUGCAGCCCUUGCGCCUGGCCCCGCUACAGCAAGAAGCUCUGGGACACCUGCGGGCCCUGCUAGACUCAUCCCAGAGCCUUUUUCAUCUGUCAGCAACGGAGAACUCUAGAAGUUGUUAAUCUCAAUUAUUGCCAUCAUUAGUCUUUUUUAAAAUCCUUUUCCUUUGCUUUGGGUUUUACUUUGUCUCCAGUGUUAAGAUGUAGUCCCUAAUGUUCUCUUUUGUGAAUUAUUUUGU